UCCAAAAAAUGAAUAAAUUGUGUUAAGCCGGUCUCCCUGCCUAUAUAUUGAUGACCUCCCAACCCUAAUUCUCUCAAUCUCAUUCCAAUCUCUUCCAAUUUCUGCUUGUAUUAGGCAAUUCUCCAAUACAUUUGAUCAAGAUGCAGAUCUUUGUGAAAACCUUGACUGGUAAGACUAUCACCCUUGAGGUGGAAAGCUCCGAUACCAUCGACAAUGUGAAGUCUAAGAUCCAGGACAAGGAAGGGAUCCCUCCGGACCAGCAAAGGUUGAUCUUUGCGGGCAAACAGCUGGAGGAUGGGCGUACACUUGCCGAUUAUAACAUCCAGAAGGAGUCUACUCUCCAUUUGGUCCUUCGUCUCAGAGGCGGUAUGCAGAUCUUUGUUAAGACCCUCACGGGCAAGACCAUCACCCUUGAGGUUGAGAGCUCAGACACCAUCGACAAUGUAAAGGCUAAGAUCCAGGACAAGGAAGGGAUCCCUCCGGACCAGCAAAGGUUGAUCUUUGCGGGCAAACAGCUCGAGGACGGGCGUACACUUGCUGAUUACAACAUCCAGAAGGAGUCUACACUCCAUUUGGUCCUUCGUCUCAGAGGCGGUAUGCAGAUCUUUGUUAAGACCCUCACGGGCAAAACCAUCACACUUGAGGUUGAGAGUUCCGACACCAUCGACAAUGUUAAGGCCAAGAUCCAAGACAAGGAGGGAAUUCCCCCGGACCAGCAAAGAUUGAUCUUUGCUGGCAAGCAGCUUGAGGAUGGCCGCACUCUAGCUGAUUACAACAUCCAGAAGGAGUCCACCCUCCACUUGGUGCUACGCCUCCGUGGUGGUAUGCAGAUCUUUGUCAAAACCCUCACGGGCAAGACGAUCACCCUUGAGGUCGAGAGCUCUGACACCAUUGAUAAUGUUAAGGCCAAGAUCCAGGACAAGGAGGGGAUCCCCCCAGACCAGCAACGGUUGAUCUUUGCCGGCAAGCAGCUUGAGGAUGGCCGCACUCUAGCUGAUUACAACAUCCAGAAAGAGUCCACCCUCCACUUGGUCCUACGCCUCCGUGGUGGUAUGCAGAUUUUUGUUAAAACUCUCACAGGCAAGACCAUCACCCUUGAAGUUGAGAGCUCCGAUACCAUUGAUAAUGUCAAGGCCAAGAUCCAAGACAAGGAAGGGAUCCCCCCAGACCAGCAGAGGCUGAUCUUUGCCGGCAAGCAGCUGGAGGAUGGGCGCACUCUUGCUGAUUACAACAUCCAGAAGGAGAGCACUCUUCACUUGGUGCUCAGGCUGAGGGGUGGAAUGCAAAUCUUUGUUAAGACCUUGACUGGAAAGACCAUCACCCUUGAGGUUGAGAGCUCUGACACCAUAGACAAUGUGAAGGCCAAGAUCCAGGACAAGGAGGGCAUCCCCCCAGACCAGCAGCGGUUGAUUUUUGCUGGCAAGCAACUCGAAGAUGGGCGAACUCUAGCUGAUUACAACAUCCAAAAGGAGAGCACUCUCCACUUGGUCCUCAGGCUGAGGGGUGGAAUGCAAAUCUUUGUUAAGACCUUGACUGGAAAGACCAUCACCCUUGAGGUUGAGAGCUCUGACACCAUAGACAAUGUGAAGGCCAAGAUCCAGGACAAGGAGGGCAUCCCCCCAGACCAGCAGCGGUUGAUUUUUGCUGGCAAGCAACUCGAAGAUGGGCGAACUCUAGCUGAUUACAACAUCCAAAAGGAGAGCACUCUCCACUUGGUCCUCAGGCUGAGGGGUGGAAUGCAAAUCUUUGUCAAGACCCUUACCGGGAAAACCAUCACUCUGGAGGUCGAGAGCUCCGACGCCAUCGAUAACGUGAAAGCUAAGAUUCAAGACAAGGAAGGCAUCCCCCCGGAUCAGCAGAGGCUUAUCUUUGCAGGAAAGCAGCUGGAGGAUGGCCGCACUUUGGCAGACUACAAUAUUCAGAAGGAGUCCACCCUGCAUCUGGUGCUGAGGUUGCGUGGAGGGAUGCAGAUCUUCGUGAAGACUCUGACCGGGAAGACCAUCACGUUGGAGGUGGAGAGCUCGGACACGAUCGACAAUGUGAAAGCCAAGAUCCAGGACAAGGAGGGCAUCCCACCAGACCAGCAGAGGUUGAUCUUUGCUGGUAAGCAGUUGGAAGAUGGAAGGACUCUUGCAGACUACAACAUACAGAAGGAGUCCACCCUUCACCUUGUCCUGCGCCUCCGUGGUGGCUUUUAAGUUUAACUAAUCUGCUUUGCCUUUAUCUGUUGGUUUCUUCUGGUUUAAUGUUAGGAUUUGUUGCUUCUGGUUUUACGUUGGAUUUGUUGACCUUGUGUCUUCUUCGUUGACAAUAUUUCUUUUUGAAUAUUAGUAUUGAACUAUGUUGUCUUGAACCUUUGGAUUCAUAAUAUGCAUGUAAAUACACGGUGAUACAUAUUGAUUGUUGGAAAUAUGGAACUGAAGCUGCUUAUAUCCAGUUUCGGUUUGAUCUA